AUGGAUUUGCUGAUAUUUUUGACUCUGAGCAUCAGCGCAUGGUUCGCAUCAGCGGAGAGGCACAGCGUCUACUGGAACAGCUCAAACCCAAAUUUCCUAUGGGACGAGUACACAGUGGAAGUGCGCAUCAACGACUACCUGGACAUCAUCUGCCCGCACUACACGCACGGGGAAGUCUCGUCGCACUCUGCCGAACGCUACGUCCUGUACAUGGUGGAGAAGGAGGACUACGACGUGUGCAAGCCCCACUCCUUUGACCAGCUCCGGUGGGAAUGCUCGCGCCCCUUCGCUCCACACGCACCUGAAAAGUUCUCUGAAAAGUUCCAGCGGUUCACCCCUUUCACACUGGGAAAGGAGUUCCGGCAAGGAGAGAGCUACUAUUAUAUCUCUAAACCCAUGCAUCACCACGGAGAGGAGUGCCUGAGGCUGCGGGUGGAUGUGGUUGGCCAUAAAGGGAAAACACAUCUGGACAAAACCAACGCAGAGGAGAUGGCAAAGAACUUUGAUUUGGGAAAAACUAAGUUCCAAGCAGCAGGAGGCGUGCACAACCCGUCAAACAGGCUCCCAGCAGACGACCCAGAUGUGAUGGAGCCCAAUGUGCAGAGGAGUAUUGGCAGCUCAGGAUCCCAGCAUGCUUCUUUAUCCACUUCCAUCACUUUAGCCUGUGUCUUAUUAGCACUAUGGCUACACUAG